GCAUUUUUCAGUAUCUCCUCCUCCAUAAUGUGUCAACAUGAAGUGUUCAUGAAUCGCUCCAACAACUCUCAAGAGUCUGUAGAGAAACAAUUAGCGAUUACUCUUUGGAGACUUGGACAUUAUGGUAACGAAGCUGGCAUUGGAGAGGCAUCCAAAAUUUUCGGCCUAUCGGAAGGCUCCAUCAUGAAGUGUACCAAACGCUGCAUACAAGUCUUGAAGGAAAUCUCGUCUGAUUUAAUCACUUGGCCUAGUCAGGAUGAGAAACGGACCAUCAAAUUGAGGGCCAAAAGUUUAGUU